AUGUCCAAUAUUCUUGAUGCUGUGUCCAGAGUGAAAUGGGAUCGGAGGACUGCGGCGAAGCGGGCCGUCUUUCUAGCGGCCGCUGCCUACGGUGUGAAAACGCUAUAUCCUAUCAUUUACAGGCAAAUAACCAGAAGAAGAAAUAGCAGAAAUAACCAAGGUGCUAAAGCAGAGGAAAAUGGAUCUAUUUUAUCAGUUUCGUCGCAGACAGACGUAGAAAUUGUAGGUCGAAGUAAGUCCCCAGGAGUAAAUGCUGAAUUUUUUAAGCAAAUACUUGAACUCAUCAAAAUCCUCUUCCCGAAGCUUAUUUCAAAAGAGCUCGGUUUGCUUUCCUUGCAUUCUGUUGCUUUGAUAUCCCGGACGUUUCUGUCUAUAUAUGUCGCAGGCUUGGAUGGUAAGAUUGUGAAAACAAUCGUUGAAAAGGACCCCAGAAGCUUCACGAUUCAAUUGAUGAAAUGGAUCCUCAUAGCCAUCCCUGCUACUUUUGUGAACAGCGCGAUCCGUUACCUCGAGUGCAAGCUCGCCUUGGCGUUUCGUACUCGGCUGGUGAACCAUGCAUACCAGACUUACUUUACAGAUCAAACCUAUUAUAAAGUCAGUAACAUGGACGGGAGACUGACGAACCCGGAUCAGUCUCUUACUGAGGACGUCAUGAUGUUUUCGCAGUCUGUGGCGCAUCUCUACUCGAACCUAACCAAACCAAUCUUGGACGUGAUGCUCACCUCCUACACUCUCAUCCAGACUGCCCGGUCCAGGGGCGCCAACGCCAGCGGGCCAACACUACUAGCCGGCUUGGUGGUGUUCGCCACCGCUAAGGUUCUGCGGGCCUGUUCUCCGAAAUUUGGCAAACUCGUGGCAGAGGAGGCCCACAGGAAGGGAUAUCUGCGCUAUGUGCACUCUAGAAUUAUCGCCAAUGCCGAAGAGAUAGCCUUUUACAGGGGCCAUAAGGUGGAGAUGCAGCAGCUUCAGAAGUGCUACCGGGCCUUGGCGGAGCAGAUGAACCUGAUCCUGUCCAAGCGUCUGUGGUACAUCAUGGUGGAGCAGUUCCUCAUGAAGUACGUGUGGAGCGGCAGCGGGCUGGUCAUGGUCGCCGUGCCAAUCAUCACAGCCACGGGCUUCGCUGACAACGAGACUGCGGAUGGGCAGACCCACGUGUUGGUGAGUGAGAGAACAGAGGCCUUCACCACCGCCCGCAACCUCCUGGCCUCAGGAGCAGAUGCCAUCGAGAGGAUCAUGUCCUCCUACAAAGAGGUCACGGAACUGGCAGGUUACACAGCACGUGUCCACAAUAUGUUCCUGGUGUUUGGGGAGGUACAGAGAGGUGUGUACAAGCGCUCAUCAGGGUCAUCCGCAACAGGGGAGAAGAAAGCUGCGAGGCCAGAGAUGCACAUAGAGGGACCCCUGGAGAUCAAAGGGAAGGUGAUUGACGUGGACCAGGGCAUCAUGUGUGAGAACGUCCCUAUCAUCACCCCCAACGGAGACGUGGUGGUGUCCAGCCUCAAUCUCAAGGUGGAGGAGGGGAUGCACCUGCUGAUCACGGGUCCUAACGGCUGUGGGAAGAGCUCUCUGUUCAGGAUCCUCAGCGGUCUCUGGCCUGUCUACGGAGGACUGCUGCAUAAACCCUCACCCCAGCACAUGUUCUACAUCCCACAGAGGCCCUACAUGUCCAUUGGUACUCUGAGGGAUCAGGUGAUCUACCCAGACUCCCUGGAGGACAUGCAUGAGAGAGGCCUCGGGGACAAGGACCUGGAGGCAAUCCUGGACAUAGUCAACCUCAACCAGAUCGUCACCCGCGAGGGAGGCUGGGAUGCAGAGAUGGACUGGAAGGAUGUGCUAUCUGGAGGAGAGAAGCAGAGGAUGGGGAUGGCCCGCAUGUUUUACCACCGGCCCAAAUAUGCCCUGCUGGAUGAGUGCACCAGCGCUGUGAGCAUCGACGUGGAGGGGAAGAUAUUCCAGGCUGCUAAGGAUUCUGGGAUCUCGCUUUUAUCGAUCACCCACAGGCCCUCCCUCUGGAAGUACCACACUCACUUGCUUCAGUUUGACGGCGAGGGCGGCUGGCGGUUCGAGCAGCUGGACACCGCUACACGCCUCUCGCUCACGGAGGAAAAACAACGUCUCGAAUCCCAGCUGGCAGGAAUUCCUAAGAUGCAACACAGACUCAAUGAGCUCUGCAAGAUACUGGGAGAAGACUCUGUUCUGAAAACUACAGACGAGGCAGAGGAGUGACAAUGAGAUAACGAGAGAGAGAGAGAAACAGAGAGAGAAAGAGAGAGAGGGGGGAAGGAGAGAUAUAGAAACAAAGGCUCAGAUCAGUUAAAGUAUUAUGUUUCUUUUCUACACACACCAACAAGAACAUACUGUAUGUCUGUAUGUUGAUAAACAUUUUGGUGACAUUUAGAUUUUUCUAACAAUGUCCGUUUGUCAUUGUAGUGGUCGUGUUGAUUUUAAUAUACAUUUUGUGCACUUUACUAAGUUUUAGAGAGCUGUUUUAGUUUGGUAGUGCUGGAAAAGUAGUAUUUAAUUCAACGUUUUCACUCAGUGUGACAAGCAGUAUUUUGUUUAUUUUACUAAAUUGAUAGUGUAGAAAUCAAUUAUUUUGUACAGCUUUUAACCUCUCAGUACUGAAAUGAAACAAUCAGUGGCAAUUCCAUAGAGAAAUCACGCUACUUUACGUGGUCUUUCAGAAUGUGUAGUACUUGCAAGUCAAGUAAACAAUGCCACUUUCCUCAUCCUGUGUUUCUAGUCCACUGUUUUGUUUGUGGGGCUGGAUUAAGCAGUCUCUAGCCCUAUGAUACUCAGUGUGUUCACUCACACACAUCCAGAGCACAAUCCUAGUCUUGAUAAUACCUCAGACACUGGCCCUAAAUCAUCUUCUGAUACGUUUUGUUACUGGCUCUGCUUUAGCAACAAGGAGUCCAUCUUGGAGCUAUUAUGGGAUAUGUUAGUGACGGGGGUCAGAGCCCAUGGUUAAAGGCUUCUGGUUUACUGAGCAAAUACAAUGCAGCCCUCUCCCCGGUGACCAGUAGGGUCCAGCUGUCAGGUCUUACUGCAGAUGAGCUGACUAAGCCCUUCCCCCUGCACCCCACUGCUCUGAGAUCAGAGGAUGUUGCAGCCAGUGUGUGGAUCAGAAGACAAUGCAUUCUGCCUGUUGUCCACAGUGACUGGCACCUAGGUAUAUGUUUUGUCCAGGACAUGCUCAGUGUGUUUCUGGACUCCUUUGGUACAAACACCACUGUAGCUUUCAUCUGUAGAAUAGCUUUCUGAGGUUUUACAUGUUUAACUGUAGUCUGAAAGACAGAUGCCUAGUUUACCUUCCUCUAUGUUUACCAACUAACUGAUCCCGACUGUUCUACUGUGAAGUUUGAUAUGUUUUUUCCCCCCAAGAUCGUUUUCAUGAAUUGUUCACUAUGUUCAGCAGUAUUUUGUUUCUGUUCCAACCUGUGUGUAGGUAGCAUGAUGUUGCGCUAUAACAAAUCUGUGUCACAGGACUUCUGGGUUACUGUAGUGUAGGUCAAUCAGUAGCCUGCUAGCCUGGCUUCAAUCAGAUCUCUGCUUUACCACAAUGCAAUCACUCUCCCCAUCUAAUAUCAGUAGAUCUGAUUGGUUGGCACAUAAUAAUGCCAAGUUAUUUGAUUGGCCUGUAACCCCACAUGGACUCUGGACUGCUCUUGCCACAAAUCAAAUCAGCAGCAGCAUUUGUAGGACACAAUCACAUGACUGCAUUGUCUUGUCUACCUUAAAGGCCCAACCUAGCUGACUGUCUUGAAAGAGAAAUUCAAAUCGGCCAAAGUCAUACAUAUGUUACUAGAUAUGUACACUUUGUUUAACCCGUUAAGGAGUAGCGUCACACAUAUGUGAUUCUGAACAUUCCAACCGACUAUUUUCCGAUAGACAAAAACUAUAUGACAAACGCUAUAGUAUGGCUUCAAAAUUUACAAUUAGGAGGCUAACAAGUAACACUAGCAGGUAGUAGCAUUGCUACGAGUAUUAUGCUAGGUUGCUAGGUAACGGAAGCUAACUAAAACUAGCUAGCUUCCGUUUUGGAAAAAUAAUUCACUCCUUAAAGUACUUUAUUUGCAUGUAAAGGGUGAUUGAUUUACACUCUUUAACGUUUUCUCCACCUUGGUGUCUUCUCCAAAACGCUGCUGAAGCAAAGCUUUCUGGGAGAGGAACUAGCAUGCCCCAAGAUGGAUCUUGUAAUAAUAAUAAUCUUAUAAUGUUUAGAAUAACUUCAAGGUUGUUAUUCUGGGACCCCAAAGAGGUGUGUGUUGGGAGGUGUCCCUGUGGUGUGUCUUGAAGAAGACCUAGUGGAUAUAGCUGGAGAACGUGUCACUCAUUGCACUAUAGCACAGAAAGUAGGCUCUGAUUUCACUAAGACUCUGCUGACGGGUGGUGUGUCAUACUGCUGGAUGAAACAGAGCCUAAAAAGGGAAAUUGGAAGUUGAUAAGUUAGUAGAUGAGAUGAUUCUUGAGAUCUGACAAGAUUGCAACAUGAAGAUAUAUAGUUAAUCUAAAAUACAAAUGAAAUAUGUACUCAUGAAACAAGCAACUGAUAAGAUGAUGCCGGCUGAUGCUAGUAUGCUCCUCUAAAUGGAUGAUGUCCUAACUAAGAAUACUUUGAUACAAUUAUUUUGUCAUUCCUUUUGUAAGUUAAACAAUUGAAUGUAAUUAACAUGUAUGUAUAAUAUCAUCAACUUUGUCAUCAACCAUAUUUGUUUUAAAAUUUGUUUUAAUGGGACCACAUUUGUACUAACACAUGUUUCAAUCAUUCUGCUGAGCAAAAAUCCAAUCUCUUGUAGGAAGCAAACUGGUCUUUUGUUAAAUAAGGGCGCUUUGUCCACUCCAGUUCACUGUCUCUCAAAAUGCUGGAUUGAAAGACAAACAGUUUUUGUCUCUAUAACAAUAGCUGUUUUUGCUCCUUUUACUAUCACCUGUAUUUUUUAUGCUGAAACAACAAGCUGUUCCCCUGGCCAGCACUACAUGAUCCCACUCUGCAUUGGAGAGACGGCUGUGCUGUCCAUUAUCAUUUUUUGACAGUUGAACAUCAGAAAUGUAAAACAUACAAAGCUGUACAAAAUACCGUAUUGUACUGUAUACUGUAUUAAUACAUGUAUUUUUAAAUACAUUUAAAUAUCAUGGUUGUGCUUGGUUAAUGAAAAAUUUUACUUUGGAAAAUUAAGAUGUAUUUUCCUGUUAAUAAAAUAAUAUAAUGACAUAUGGAACCACUA